CACAAGCUACAGCUCCUCCCUCUUCCAGCUCCUCCACAAUAAAGCAAAAAAUGGCGAGCUCUCUCUUCUCUGGUGUUGCUGAACUUUCCCGUGGCAAAUCUGAUAAAGUACCAGUGAGUAGUCUUGACGGAGAAGGCAAGGUGGUAGGGCUGUACUUCAGUGCCCACUGGUGUCCACCAUGCCGGGGAUUCACUCCUAGACUCGCUGAAUGGUACACUAAACUAACCAGUGGAGCACUAAAGGAUAAGCUGGAGAUUGUCUUUGUUAGCUCUGAUAGAGAUGAAACAUCUUUUAAUGAGUAUUUCUCAGAGAUGCCUUGGCUUGCACUCCCAUAUGAGAAUAGAGAUAAAAAGACCGAGUUGAGCAAGAAAUUCAAAGUGUCUGGCAUCCCAACCCUUGUCUUUGUUAACGGAGAGGAUGGUAAGACUAUAACACAAGAUGGCCGCUCGGUUGUGACGGACGAUCCAGACGGGAAAGACUUCCCGUGGGCUCCUCCAACGUUAGAGGAAAUCCUGUUGAGUGCAAAGUUCAUCAACAAGGACGAGAAGGAAUUGAAUUGGAGUGACGUGAAAAAGAAAACUGUUGGAUUUUACUUCUCAGCACAUUGGUGUGGGCCUUGUAAGACGUUCACUCCACAGUUGGUCAAGACGUUUGAUAAAUUAAAAUCAGACGGAAAAGAGUUUGAAAUUGUUUUUGUCUCGUCCGAUCGCUCUCAAGAAGAUAUGAAAGGCUACUUUUCAACCAUGCCCUGGCAUGCCGUGAAGUUUAGAGACCCAGCUGGCAAAAAACUGAGCAAACACUUUGAAGUUGAAGGAAUUCCAACUUUAAUCAUAUUUGACUGUGAAACAAAUAAAGUUAUAUCCACUAAUGGAAGGGGUAGAGUUAGUGGCGACCCUGAUGGUCAUGAAUUUCCCUGGCACAGGAAACCAGUCGUGGUAUUGAAAGAAGAGAACACAGGCGAUGUGAAUGACCACCCUCACCUGAUCUGGUUUACUGGUGACACUAGCCCCGAGACAGCAAAGGAAGUAUUGCUCCCUAUAGCUACUGAAUAUAUCAAAAAGAAUGAAGGGUUUUAUUUCAUGUAUACCGACAAAAAGGAAGACGAAGAAGGAAUGCAAGAUUCCCUUGCAAGUUUUAUAAAUCUUCCUGAAAGACGUCCUCUCCUGAUAGUCAUUGAUAUCUCUGGGCAAAGGAAGGCCAUCAUUGAAGAUGCUGAAAUUACUGCAGAGACGGUAAAGGAUACUCUGAAGAAAUACGAAGAUGGAUCUCUGAGCUUUGUUGGUAUAAAAGCUUGAAUAAAAAACUCCUUUUUAUGACUUUUAAGUAUAUAGAUAUAGUAGCAGAGUGUAAAAAUAUAUUUGUAUUUUUAUAAGUGCCGUUUUAUAGUAAAAAA